GUGUGUUGUCCUAUUUGUGUAUUGACGUAAUUCCGUUAUUGUUAUUAUUCAAAGUGGGUGAUUUUUUUUUUUUUUAAACACCUUAAAUUGAAAACUGUAAUUGAAUAGGAAUGCAGUAGUGUGGUUAAUGUCCAUCAACAGAAUUCGCUUUUAAUCCUUUAUUAACGUGUACAUACGUUUAUAUUUCUGUUCAUGUAAACAUUUCUGCUCAUAUAAACGCAUAAUUAUUGUGCAAGAGCAGUUUCCCGUUACUUUUAGUGCGUGGAUUCUUCUCAUUUGCCCAAAUCUCGGUUACUUUCAAACGGCUGAGCCGAGAGUUAUAGGAAAUGUAGUAUUUCCUCCUCGAUCGCGCAAUAUAAAAGAAUAAGGCGCUGGAGAUUUUGAACUACAUUUCCCAGAAUGCAGUGCAGCCGGGAAGCUGGGAAGCAUGUGAUUGUUGCGCUUCCUGGAUGCAACUGGAGUCGGAGAUGAAUGUAUAAACCGCACAGCUUUGUUUAACCGUGUUUUUUUGUGCGUGUCUUAGCUGUUUGUAAUUAUUUUAAACAUGAAGGUGUGUGGUUUGUUUUUGAGCUUUUGCCUCAGUGUGGGAGUAAUGGCGGGGAAGUACUCUCGAGAAGUGAAUGAGCAAAAGGUCUCGAAUGACGGGGGAAAUGCCGUGGAAUUUCGUAUCGCUAAACUGAACCAGGUUUGGGAGAAAGCGAACAGGAUGCAGCUUGCCCCAAGGAGGCUAUCUGAGCUCCACAGUGACUUGAAGAUUCAGGAGAAAGACGAGCUUCAGUGGAAGAAGUUAAAGGCAGAGGGACUAGACGAGGAUGGCGAGAGAGAGGCCAAGCUCAGACGCAACUUUAACAUCAUCCUGGCCAAGUACGGAAUGGAUGGUAAGAAGGACAACCGUGCCAUGGACAGCAACAACCUGAAAGACCAUGACGUGAAACUGGGAGAAAUGUUUGAGGACCCCAGACUGGACAAACUGUGGAACAAAGCCAAGACUUCGGGAAAGUUCUCUGAGGAGGAGCUGCAGAGCCUGCGCAAAGAGUUCGAGCAUCACAAGGACAAGAUCCAUGAGUACAACAUCGUGAUGGACACAGUGAGCCGGACUGAGGAAAUCCAUAAAAACGUGAUCUCUCCACUGGAGGGAGAGGAGAAGAAGUCCAAUCUUCAUGAGAAACACACGGACCUUAAGCAGAGGAUGAGGGACCUGAACCAGGGCUUUGAGCGUCUACGUAAAAUCACACAUGAAGGCUUUGACACUGACAACGAGUUCAAGGAGCCCAGGGUCAUAGAGUUGUGGGAAAUGGCCAGAAGAUCUAAUCUUAGUGAGGACGAGCUCGACUCUCUCAAGGAGGAGCUGAAGCAUUUUGAGACAAAAGUAGAGAAGCACCACCACUACCAGGAACAGCUGGAGUAUUCACACCAGAAACUGCAGCACAUAGAGGCCCUGGGUGAUAAGGACCACAUCAUGAGACAUAAAGAGAAAUACAACACACUUGCUGAGAAAGCACGAGAAAUCGGAUACAAGAUGAAGAAGCAUUUGCAGGAUAUAACCAACAAAAUCUCCCGAAAUGGAUUGCAGCACAAUGAACUCUGAGCAUGACCUCAGCUUCUCACCAUGACAACACUGAAAAUCCUUUAUUUCCAUAUGUAUUGAUUAUAGUAUGGGUGCAGUCACUUAUUUUCUAAAUGUUUGUUUAAAUCAUUUCAGUAUUCACAGGACAUUUGCUAAUCCACAGCACUGAUCUUUUUAAAAGAUAUUGCAUGGUUUGUAUUUAGUCCAUUGUAAGUGGUAGCAAACCCUUUUCAAUGGUUUAGGUACGAAAGGAUAUGUGCAGUAUGGUUUAGGUACGAAAGGAUAUGUGCAGUAUGUUGCAUUUUAAGUCCAGUCGUUAUUCUUGAGUAUUUGAGCUGCUGAUUCCCACAGGAGGGGUACAGGUUGAACUUUGAAUGCAAGAUUUUAUACAUCGGUACCGUUCAGAGUUUUAGAAAUCUUUUGAAAUGCUCAUCAUUUUCAUGAAAUUUCACUUAUUUGAUAAUGUAAUCUCUGUAAAUAAAUGAUUGUCCAUUCAGUCUAUCAACUCUAGACUGUAUAAUCGAUUGAUGCAUCUGAAGUGACUGAAAAUCUUUUUAUCUGAAGAGACUUACACAUGGGGCAAAAUCAAUUUAAGCAGUUGAGAAAUUGAGGGUUAGGGGUCUCACUCAAGGAUCCACUUGCAAAACUGCCAUCAGCCAACUGGCUUUUAUAAGCAUGUAAGUGUUAGCAUUGAGCCGUUCUCUCAAAAUGUAAACAGCAUAUUCAUAUGAGGUGCAUACUUGUGUCAGGUCAUGCUGUAUAUUUUAUAUUUAAUAACCCUCAUUUGCUAUGUGAGUUAUAAGUAUAGGGAAGGGGAGACUCCAUCAUUAUCAUCCUUGUUAUAAAAGUUUAUUCAGAUAGAAAGGUUGAACUACUGCAGUCUUAAUAAGAAUAUGUUUACAAACUAGGAGGUUCUUCCAGGCUAAAGGUGGCUUACCAAAUGGUUUACCACUUUUAAGUCUGCCAGUCUUGGCAGUAUUUGGGAAGGGGUCUAUUUCCGCUCCUGCCAGCUCGCAUGUCCUUUUGGCAGACUCUGAGGAAGCUGUGACAACCACCCUGCAGAUGGCUGAGUAGGGUUGGAUGCAACUGAUCCCACAACAUGGAAUACAUGAUCAAUAUGCCAACCAUUGAUAUCAGUGAUCACUCCCUAGGGCAUAUGUUAUUGCAAUGAGUGUGGCAUUGGAGCAGUCUCUCCAAUCUGUGUGGUAGUUUAUUCACGCCUCAUUCCUGACCGUGGGGCACCCGAGCCAGUAAAUUGGGCAACUUUCUGCCAACUUGGUUUAUAGACAUCAUCGGGCGUGGUUGCUUCAGUCUGCCCAGCCUUUUGUGUGUAAAUGAGCUUUGUGGAACCUGGCUUGUGUUCCAGGGUAAUUCUUUUGCCCUGCUGCAAAAGAAAUCCUGAACAGGAGUAUGCAAAGCCAGCAUGCCAAACAGACCACACCCUAGUUCUGUCUUCCAAAGCCUACAGGAUGUACACCUGUGUCACACAUCCUUUAGGUUGGGAACAAGCAUUUUAGCACCCUUCAUCUACACUGGGGGGAGGCCCCAAGAUAGCACCUUCCAAACUAAACAAUAGCGCAGAGCCUUAAGUGUGUUGGCGACGAGUCAUUCUACAUUGUUUUUUGGAUGGUGAUUACUUCAGAUCAGUAGUACCUGAUGAUCGUACCACAGGAAUAAAAAUUACACUCUUGCGCCCAGCUUUUUGCGGCUUCACAGCCUUGUUGAUUAUAGACCCCAUCAAAGCAUUCCAAUUUAAAGUUCUGCCUUUCCAUCUCUCCCUAACACCACAAGUGUUUUCAAGGUGCAUACAGGUGGCUAUGUCUUAUCUGUUUACCACUGGCAUCAAGACACUGUCAUAUUUGGCUCCUAUGUAUUUCCACUCACACUGCAGUGCUCAGGCCCACAGUGAAGUUUGAGAAGUGCUCCCUAGACCAAAGUAGGUCACACGGUUAAUUGGCAUGAGGCUCUAUAACUCCAAAAUAUGGUAUAUGUUAGUACCCUUGAGCAUCCUAAAAUUUUUUGCCAGUUCUCAGAUAUUGUCUCAUGCUUGUCACCUGAGACAACACUGUAAUGCAAUAGUGCAGCAGAUGCACUGUCAAGAUUGUGCAUACAUUUAGAGGAGUGAUAUUUGCAGCUGAAUAUGGUAGCCCAGAUCUGGGAGAGAUCACACAGAUGGACCUCUUUGCCAGUGCCAAGUAAACACAUUGCCACUUAUGGCUCUCAUAUGGCGUUUUAGAGUCGUACAGCCCUCUACGACUAUAUGGUCUGGCCUGCAUCUGGCCUUAUCACUUCUCGUAUGCUUUUCCCCUCUUUACUGCUGAUUCUUCUCAUUCUGUGCAGCACCUAGGCCACAGAGUCCUACUUGUGCUCCCAAGAUGACGAACAAGAUGGUUCCUACUGCUUUGUUCACUGGUUGUUUGAACACCCUGGUGGGUUCUUCCAUGAGCAGAUCUGCCAUUCCAGGUGAAUGCAAGAUUUGCCUGCGUCUGUGGGUCUGGUCGCUCAGACUGAAUUGCCUGAGAACUGUCAUCUAGCAGUCCAGUAAACACUUCUCAAUACAAGAGUCCCUAACACGCCAGCUAUGUACAAGUAGAAAUCGGAUAGAGGAUAGUGUUCACCUUGGACCCUGUGCAUUAUUGAAUUCCUCAAUUUUCUAAACAGCCUCAUCUAUCUGCAAAAGCCUUUGAAACAUGCCACAGUACAGUAGAUUGUAGAUGUCUCUCUAGGGCCCUAUGUGCUUAUUACUGCCUUUCUCAAUGUGUUGAGGCACAUUUAUUGGCCAUAGUCGCCUUGGAGUCCUGUGUGGAGUCUCCCUCUUUUGUUCCUUAAAGAUCCUCCUUAAGCACCUGUGUGAGAAAUUGAAAUGGGUAUCUUUGCAAACAGCCUUCAUCGCUUCGGUUAAUAGAGUUGUGGAGUUGCAUGCUGUGGUGACAAGGUUGUCUUGCAUGCAUUAUGGCUCUGGAGUGACAUUGGGCUGAAUCCAGGUAUUCUGCCCAAGAUCAUAUCUCCUAACUUUGUGAAUCAAUCUAUUGUCCUUUAAUGAGUGUGAGCCUGCAGAAUGUUACUUGCUUUGCCUGGGGUUUUGAGGAGUUAUUUGGACCAGACUGCAGCCAUCCGAUUCUCAGACCUGUUGUUGCUAUGGGAGUAUGUGACUUGGAUGACUGUUGUUUUGUUUUUUUUCUUUCCACCUUGUUUCUUUUAAUGAAGACUUACCAAUGAACAAAUCUGGUUUAUACUUACAAUGUUCACUUUCUGAAUAAUGAAUAUCAAAAUUAUUGAAUAGAUUGUUUAUUGCACUAAAGAUAGAAAUGUCAAAUGAAUAAAUAAAAAAAUACAGGA